AGUCUUAAGUAUCCAGUUUUAGAUGCUGAAAAGGCAGAGGAAGCUCGACUGAAGAAGAAUAUGAGCGCCGAAAAAGCUAAAGCAUAUGCUGAGACUCUCCAACUUCUUUCUGAGCUACAGAAGGAUAACGAACCUGGAGUUAGUCAAACAUCAGAGGAAGAUGACGUAACACUUGCCAAGAGACUCGAAGAUAGGCUGGCUACAAAGAGUAAUGAAGUCAAACCAAUAGCGAAGUCGACCACGUCAGUCAUGGACAAGGAGAAGAAAAAGCCGACUAUCUCAGCCAAGGAGAAGAAACUUACUCCAAAAAUCACAUACACCCCUCAGAAGCCAGUAACUCGGAGCCACCCGCAGAAAAGAGUUGAUCCUGAGUUUGCUAGUGGCAAAGGACUGUCGGGACAUAAAAGGCGAAAAACAAAGUCCAGAACUGAAAACCCAGUUGGAAAAGAUUGCCCAACAGAGAAAGUUCAGAAAAAGGAUAGCGAGAAUGUGAGAAAGAGAAAAGCUAAAGGUGAUCCAAAUCUGCAAGAACUUACUAAAAAAGUGAAGAAUGCACGCAAGUUGUUGAGCCUAAGGAAAUCUCCGUUCUAUAAGGAUUUGAGUUCACAACAAAGAGCGCUUCUCUCUCCUUUUUUUGACAAAGCUACCUCAAUCAACAGUGCUUGGAAAGCUCCUGCUGUGAUUGGUCAUCACAUAUUAUCUGCAGAGACCUUUGAAGAUCUGCUACAUAACAGGGCUUUAGAGGGAGAUCUUAUAAAUUACUCAGGCAAUACCAACUGA